AUGUAUUAUUGUGAAUUAAUACCUAGAAAAAAUAUUGGUAUAAUAAAUUUAAAAUUAAUUAUAUAUAUAAAAGAUUAUAUAAUAAAAUAUAAUAAAAUAAAUAAAUUAAUAAAUUUUACAAAUAUAAUUACAAAAGAUUCUUUUAAUAUUAUACCAAAAUAUAUUUAUACAAAUAUUAAUAAUUCUUAUAAAUUUAUUAUUUCAUUAAAUUUACCACAACAUAUACAAUAUCAUCAACAACAUCAAAUUUAUAAAAUUCAUGAAAAUAAUUUAAAUAUUGUAAAUAUUGAGAAAAUAAAUGAAAAUAGUUUAAAUAAUAUAAAUAAUGUAAAUAAUUUGGAUAAUGUGGAUAUUGAUGAUAUAUUAAUAAAAUUAAUAUAUAUAAAUAAAGAAGGUUAUAAAAUAAUAAAGAAUUUUAAUAAUUUGGAAGAAUUUGUUUAUAUAAUAAAUUGUAAAGAUUUAAUAAUUUUAGAAGAUAAUUUACAAGAAAUUAAUAUUCGUACAAUUAAUAAUUUUCAUUUAUUUAAUUUUAAAAUUUCUAUUAAAUUUCAUCAUCAAUUAACUUUUAUAUCAUUACUUACCAAUUCUUUAAAUUCGGUUAGUGGUAACUCAUUCAGUGGUAAUACAGUCAAUAGUAAUACAGUAGAUUCAGUUACUGGUAAUACAGUUAAUAGUAACUCAGACAAUAGUAAUACAGUAAAUAAGGUUAAUAGUAUAAUAAAAUGUAAGAAUUGUGAAAAUAUAAUAAAAGAAUUAAUUGAUAUAAAUUUAAUUAUAUUACCUUCAGAUUUAUAUUUAAAUUCAUUAAAUUCAAUUUAUUGUGAAGAAUGUCAAUUUGAUCACAACAAAUUAGAUCACAACAGAUCAGGCCACAGCAAGUCAGAUCUCAACAGAUCAGAUCUUAUCAAGUCAGAUAUCAACUACAAAUCACAUAGAAACAUAGGAUUUAUUUCCGAUGAUAAUUUAAUAAUUUCUAACGAAUCUAUUGAUAAAUCAUUGAAUAAUUCAGUUGACAGUCCUCUUGAUAGUCCAUUAGAUAGUCCACUUGAUAUUCCACCUGAUAGAAAAAUAAUUUGUGAAAAUUGUAAUAUAAUAAUUGGUAAAAUAAAAAAGAAUAAAUUAAUAUAUAAAAAGAAUAAAAUAUCAUUAAUAAUUGAUAAUUUUGAUAUAUUUUAUAAAUUUAAUGAUUUUAUUGAAAUUAUAGAAAAAAUACAAUUUGAUCCUAAAUUAAAAUUGAAAUUAUAUUAUAAUACUGAAGUAAUUAAUAUUAUUAAAGUCUCUAAACAACCUGAUACAUUUAUACUUAAUAAUAAUAAUCCAAUUAUUACUACACGUUUAUUAUAUAAAUUUACUAAUAUCCAAAAUACCCUUAAUAAUACAGAAAAUACUGUAAAUAGUACGGAGAAUACUGUGAAUAGUGUGAAUAAUACAGAAAAUACCCUUACUAGUACUGUAAAUACUGCUGAUAGUGUGAAUGUGAAUGGAAGAUAUGUAUUGAAUGAGAAAGAAUAUGAACAUAUAAAAUUAAUAUUAUUAAUAUUUUCACAUGAUUUAAAUUCUAAUGAUUGGAUUUCAUCAUUAUUACCACAACUUUAA